AUGGGGGACACGGGCACCGGGGGGCACCGGGGGGACACCGGGGGACACCGAGGGGACACGGGCACCGGGGGGCACGGCGGGCACACGGGGCAGGGGACGCGGCGCCCACCCGGAGCCUCCUUCACCAUCGAGUCGCUGCUGUCGGAGCGGCGGGACGGGACCCCCCCGAGCCCGGAGCCCCCCGGGAAGAGCCCCCCGGGAGGAGCCCCCCGGCCCCCGCCCGAGCCCGGGGACAAACCGGCGCAGUCCUACAUCGCCCUCAUCUCCACCGCCAUCCUCUCGUCCCCCGAGAAGAAGCUGCUGCUCUCCGACAUCUACCAGUGGAUCAUGGACAACUACCCCUACUUCAAGAACAAGGAGAAGAGUUGGCGCAACAGCGUCCGGCACAACCUGUCCCUCAACGAGUGCUUCGUCAAGGCCGGGCGCAGCGACAACGGCAAAGGCCAUUUCUGGGCCAUCCACCCCGCCAACCUCGAGGACUUCGCCAAGGGCGACUACCACCGGCGCCGGGCCCGGCGGCGCGUCCGCAGGGUCAACGUCGGCUUCUACCACCCCUACGCCCUCUACGGCCUCGGCUGCUGCUGCCCCUGCUGCCCCCCGGGCCCCCCCGCGCCCCCCUUGGCGCUGCCCCCCCUGGCGCUGCCCGGGAUCCCCCAGCGCUGCCCCCCCGAGCGGCCCCGCUGGGCCUGGGGGAGGUUCCCCCUUCCCCGAGCUCCGGGGGUUUUCCUGCCCCGCCCGCCCUUCCUGUGA